AUGAGAAAGUCACUAGCAUCUUUAGUUGGUAAUAUUGGUAAUAGUAUUGGAUUAGGGGGGACUCCAUCACUACGAAUUAGAGAUUUUAAUGAAGAAAAUAACGAAGCUAAUGAUGUUGAAAUAAGUUUAAAAAAAGGAACUUAUGGGUUAACAUCCCCAUCAAAAAAGUUGUAUAUAUCUCCAUCACGUCCAACAGGGCUUCCUCCACCUCUUCCAUAUAAUAGUAUUAACAAUAGAGAAAGUGAAUAUUUAAAGAAUAUUGAUAAUAAUAAUAAUAAUACAAUGUCAUCAUCAAUAGAAAAUACAAGAAUAUUAACUCCAUUCAAUUUAAGAAAUGGAAUAAACUCUAUAAGAAAUCACAGAGAAGAUACAGAUGAUCAUCUAAUCGGAGAAAGUAUUGUGAGAAUUAAUGGUAAUUUAGAUAGUAAUAUAGGUGGAAGAACACCACAGACUACUAAAUCACAAGUAAGGAUAAAAUCAAUAGGUAUGAGCCCAAAUAAAUUCGAUCAUUCUCUUGGGAAUUUAAGUUUAGGUAAUAACAAUAUAUUAAAUGGUGUUGGUACAUCAUCUGUUUCUUCAAUAUUUACUCCAUUAAGUACGAAAACAAGAUUUCUUCCUAUAUUACCAACAUCACCUCGAAAAGAAAUGUAUGAAAAUAUGAAAUCAAACUUAUCAAUUCAAAAAGAAAAUAAGUUACAAUCAAUAUCAAAAAAUGAUAUUAAAAUUGACUCAUCAUUUUCAGAAACUUUAAUUACUUCAAGAGAAGUUUAUAAUACAGAAAAUGAUAAUUUGUCUGAAUCUUUAGAGACAUUAAGAAAAAGAUUAAAUGAAAAGAAUCAAGAAGUACACUUUUUAAAAAAGACUAUAAAAGAUUUAGAAGCAAGAAUAAUUAGUUUAGAAAAUAAAGAAAAGAUGUUAGUUGAGAAUGAAGUAAAUAAUAAGAAAAAAAUCGAUGAAUUAUUAAUUGAAAAACAUGAAAAUAAUGAAAGAAUUAACAAUUUAAAAAAAGAAAUAAUACAAUUAAAAGAAGAUAAUGGUAGUAUUGUAAAAGAGAAUAAAUGUUUAAAUGGUAAUUAUGAAUUAAAAUGUUAUGAAAUAACAAAACUUAAUGAAGAAAUUAAUAAUAUUCAAAAUACAUAUAAGAAUAACUUUACUUUGAAAUAUCUAACACCAUUAAAAAAUAUACUUUAUGAAUCAAUAUUGGAGAUUGAAAAUAAAAUUGGUAAUGAGACAAUAAUGAAUGUAGAAUUUGAAAAGGGUAAUAUGGAGAUGGAUGCUAUAAUAAAGACAUUACAUGAAUAUAUACAAAAUUUUAAGAAUUUUAUUAUAUUAAAAAUAGAUCAAGAUUAUAAUAUUAUUGAAAAUUUACAUUCUGAAUUAAGUAAUGUAAAUAAUGAUUUUUUAGAAUUAAAAAAUGAAUAUAUUAAUUUAAAAAAAUCAUAUAAUGAUAUUAUUAAAAGAGAUUCAUAUUCUAAGACUAGUACAUGUGAAAUUAGAGAAGAAAAGUAUGGGGAAAAGAAGAAAACUGAAAAUGAGGAGAAAAAUAUAGUGGAAAAUGAAGAGAAUAGUAACUUCAUUUGUAUUGGUAAAGAAUAUGAGAAUAAUAAUUUAGAAUCUGGUGAUUUGGUAUUAAAAUCUCAAGAUAAUUCAAACAUUGAGUUGGAAUCUAAGAUUGAUACUAAAUCAAAAUCAGAAACUAAUAGUGGUGAUUUAUCUAAAGAAACUUCUCCUUCUACUCCAGGUAGAUUACUUGGUUCAAAUAAACUUCAGCUUGGUUUAACAAGUUUAGCUAAGUCUUUAUUAAGUUAUACAUAUAUAAGUAGAAAUAGUUCAAUAAGUAAUGGUGAAGAUGGGCAAGAGGAAAAAGAUAAUGAUAAAGAUAGGAAAAAGAGUCAAAAUGAAGAUAAUUCUCAAGAUUCUAAUAAAGAUUUUUCUUUAAAAUCACAAUUAAAAAACAAAUUACAGAAAGAGAAAGAUAAGGUAAUAAAGCCAAAAAAGAGUACUUCUAAGAAACAGGAAAAGAAGUCUGAUACUAUUAUCAAUGGAGAUAAAUCAAAAAAGAAAGUUUUGAAAAAUAUAGAUAAAACUAAAAAACAAGAAAAUUUAAAGAACAGUUCUACUAGUAAACAAAAUAAAAUUAUAGUAAAAAAGAAAUCUUCCAAGUCUACAGAAUCCUCAUUAAACCCCUCUGCUGAUAAUGAUAAUGUUGAAAUUAACAAAACUACUGGCACUCAUAAUAAAUCAAAAACAACUUCCAGUGCAACUAAAAUUACUAAAUCUACCAAAACUGAGAAAAAAGUUAACACUAAUAAAACUAAAGAAAAUCUUGUAAAUGAGGUUAAUGAAACUAAAACUAAGACUAAUUCUAAAACAAAAUCAGCUUCUUUAAAUAAAAAUCAACCUGACAAAAAAGAUGAUGAAUUAUUGUUAUCUCCAUCUUUCUCUAAAACCACUACAAAAAGGGUAAAGUCCCAAAGUAAAACAACUGAAGUUACUGAUAAUGAUAUUGAAUCAAAAAAAAGUAAUAAUACAUCAAAAAAAGAAGUAAAAAGUAUAAGUAAAAUCUCAACGAAAAGACGAGAAAAAACAAAAGUAGAAGAUGAUGAAGAAGAGUCAAAGACAAAAUUGAACUCAAAAAAAAAAUUAAAGAUAUAA